AUGGGUGGCAGUGUGUAGCGCCGCUUCUGUGGUGGGUGGUCGACGCAUCUACCAGUGGUGGGUAGAUGCAGCGUGUCCGGUGUAGUGGAACUGGGGAGGGUGUACCAGGGCGGCUGUGGCACGGGCAGUAGUACCCAUGCAGAGUGUGACACAGAAACAUACCCCCGGCGCAAAGAGAAAGUUUCACUUUACUUCCGUUUCCUCGCUGCAACCCGAGGGCUUCCUCGCCCCCGUAACCGAGUGACCUCCGACGAGAAGAUCCAUGGAGUUGCGGUGAAGAGGAUUACUGGCACAGUUCUUCGGUGGCAAAAAAUGCUAGAAUUGUGUUGAGGCCAGAGUGUGUUGGUCGGGCAGGCGGGCCGCGGCCAGUCACAGAGGCCAGUGAUAUAACGAGUGUGGUGCGGGCAAGGCUGUGUCGUGCGGCCAAGUGUGUGUGUGUAUGUAUGUGUUUCUGUGCCAUACUAGACCCACCGUGUUUGUCUCUUGACCGGUGAUGUCACUACGGGCCGUCGCUUGCCCCACUGGCCACCCGCCGCUCUAGAAUAGUGUCGUCCACUAUUAGAAAUUCGCCGAAGGAGAUUUACAUUCUUGGAUCUGUUUACAACGAGGAUCGACAGUUGGUUUAAAGGAUUACUCUGCGCCUCAAACAAUCCUCAGGUGUUUGGUGGCUGGUGGUGGCCGGCCGCCGCCGCUGCUGGAGGUGGAGACGGAUGAAGACUGCGAGAGAGCGACUCCUGCUCUGUCUCAACAGCUCCCAUGGCUUUCGUCAAUGUUCAAACCAGCGUCAGAGUAAAUAGAGCAGCCAACAGCACUGAGACGUCCGGGUCACUACCCAAGCUGAGUAGCCAAGAUGACGACGGCCCCAACACGCAGACCAACUACACAGGGACCGGCAACUUCGAGCCCAUACCACACGACCACGACUUUUGUGAGAGAGUCGUUAUUAACAUAAGUGGUCUUCGGUUCGAGACUCAGCUUCGUACCCUCAACCAGUUCCCGGACACGCUGCUCGGGGACCCCGCGCGACGGAUCCGCUACUUCGACCCGCUCCGCAAUGAGUACUUCUUCGAUCGCAACAGACCGAGCUUCGAUGCCAUCCUGUACUACUACCAGAGCGGAGGCCGUCUUCGGCGGCCCGUUAACGUCCCGCUUGACGUCUUCGCCGAGGAGAUCAAGUUCUACGAGCUUGGAGAAGUUGCCAUUAACAAAUUCAGGGAGGACGAGGGCUUCAUCAAGGAGGAGGAGCGUCCACUGCCCGAGAACGAGUUCCAGCGGAAGGUGUGGCUGUUGUUCGAGUACCCAGAGAGCUCGCAGAAUGCGCGCGUGGUGGCUAUCAUCUCCGUCUUCGUUAUCCUCCUCUCCAUUGUGAUCUUUUGCCUUGAGACCUUACCGGAAUUUAAGCACUACAAAGUGUUCAAUACCACGACCAACGGCACUGUGGUUGAGGAGGACGAGGUGCCCGAAGUCACGGAUCCAUUCUUCCUUAUAGAAACCAUUUGUAUCGUUUGGUUUUCAACGGAACUAUUAGUGAGAUUUUUUGCGUCGCCACUCAAAGGAGCGUUUUUGAAAGACGUCAUGAAUAUUAUCGAUAUAGUAGCUAUCAUUCCUUACUUUAUUACUUUGGCCACUGUGGUAGCAGAGGAGGAAGGGGAAGUGAUGGUGAUCCCCGCAGAAACACUCUCCCCGCACGAGAAGGGGUCCAAUCAGGCCAUGUCCUUAGCCAUCCUCAGAGUUAUCCGACUGGUCCGAGUAUUCAGAAUAUUCAAAUUGUCUCGGCACUCCAAGGGGCUUCAGAUUCUAGGAAGAACGCUCAAGGCAUCCAUGAGAGAACUUGGUCUGCUAAUAUUCUUCCUCUUCAUUGGCGUUGUGUUAUUCUCCUCUGCCGUAUACUUCGCUGACGCCGGCUCUGAGCGCUCCUGCUUCAAGAGCAUCCCGGACGCCUUCUGGUGGGCCGUUGUCACCAUGACGACAGUGGGCUAUGGAGAUAUGAGGCCUGUGGGUGUGUGGGGCAAGAUUGUUGGCUCCCUGUGCGCGAUCGCUGGCGUCCUCACCAUUGCGCUUCCUGUUCCCGUUAUCGUGUCAAACUUCAACUAUUUUUACCACCGGGAGACUGACCAGGAGGAGAUGCAGAGUCAGAACUUCAACCACGUCACCAGCUGUCCGUACCUGCCUGGCACUGUGGGUCAGCACUUGAAGAAGGAUUCCUUAUCAGAGUCAUCGUCCGACAUCAUGGACCUUGAGGAGGGCAUCUUGUUGCAACACGACCUUAGUAAAAAACAGAAUUGCAACCCACGUCACAAUAAUAAUAUAAACGCUAUGAGCAUCGAAACUGACGUCUGACAUUUGUGUGGCAGGAAGGAGUCGAGCAGUGCCAAUAUCAAGUGCACAAAGUAAUUAUAAAGUGGGUCUAGCUGCCGUGCCAUCUUCAUCCUGCGAACUUCACAGUGAAGAAGGCAGCCUUGAGAAGCACUCGAGUCAUAUUGGGUCAGGAGGUCAACAGUUACAAAGAGAAAAUCAAAGCAAAGGAGAAUGCAUUAGGUUAUGAAACAAUUAGUGUGCAGUGAUCAAAACUUAGUUAUAUAUAUAUUGGUUAGGUUGUUCUAUUAAAAUCAGAAAACUCAAAUAUCUCAGAAACCCAAUUUGAACCAAAGACAGCAAUCAAGGUUAUUAGGCAAGUUAAAGUUAGGGUUACAGGGUUAAUGAGAUCAGUACAAAACAUGGGUUUAGAAGAUUGGCUUUAAAGAACUUGACUGCAAACCAGUUUGUGCAUUUGCAUCACUGACAUUACCCAAUAAAUCCUAAUCUCUGAUUUUCACUCCUGACCUAAUUUGAUCCAAUAGUGCAAAAAACAUGCAAUCAAAACAGCGCAAGAAAGGAAGGCUGCGUAGAUGGACUAAGACGCGUUUGAUAUACUGUACAUGUGAUAUCCCUAAUCUAAUAGUGGAAGAAUGACCUCAUUUAGAAAAUAACCUUUAAUAUGAAAUAUCUAAAUUUGUUUUUAUAAUAAACUCAUCAGUUAUGAAAUCAGUGUGGUGAUAGUGAAUGCUACUGAGAUGAGCCUGCAUAUGUAAUGGGGUGAGCCAUUGUGAGCCUUUAACAGUUCUUUCAUGGCUGCUUUUCCAAGAAAAGAAGC